GAUAUACUCUACCUCUGAUAAUAACACUCACAUCAACGUAGAAUCAUCUUAAUCAAUGGCAAGCGAAGUCAGCAGUGUUUCAUCAUUCCACACCGCGCAACCUCAGCAGCCCCUCCAACUCCAAGACCGGGUUGCCAUCGUCACCGGGGGAUCUCGAGGCAUUGGCAAAGCUAUAUCACUUCACCUCGCAUCCCUUGGAGCCAAGUUAGUCAUUAAUUACAAUUCCAAUUCCACUCAAGCCGAUCUUGUCGUCUCAGAAAUCAAUUCUAUGUCCCUUUGCCAAGGGAAACAACCAGGACAACAGCGUGCUAUUGCGGUCAAAGCGGAUGUUUCUGACCCGAUGCAAGUGAAAGGGCUAUUUGAUGCUGCUGAAUCCGCAUUUGACUCUCCUUUACAUGUCCUUGUGAAUGCCGCGGGGGUUAUGGACGCUAGCUACAACUCACUCCCCAACUCUUCUCUAGACGAAUUCGAUAGGAUCUUUGCAGUGAACACCAGAGGCGCUUAUUUAUGUUGCAAGGAGGCUGCAAACCGGCUGAAACAAGGAGGUGGAGGGAGGAUCAUUUGUCUGACCACGUCUUUAGUGGCGUCUUUGAGACCAGGGUAUGGGGCAUAUACAGCGUCCAAAGCUGCGGUUGAAGCUAUGGUGAAGAUUCUGGCAAAAGAGCUUAAAGGGACCAAGAUCACCGCUAACUGUGUUGCUCCAGGGCCUAUAGCAACUGACAUGUUUUUUGAAGGGAAAACCGACGCAAUGGUGAAAAUGUCAGUGGAUCAGAUUCCAUUGGGUAGACUUGGGCAGCCGGAGGAUGUUGCUCCGUUGGUUGGGUUCUUGGCGAGUGAUGCCGGUGAAUGGGUUAACGGUCAGAUUGUUCGGGUCAACGGUGGGAUGGUAUAAAAAUCAAGCCCGUUUUCUUUUUCGUCACCACAUUACGUACCUAUGGUUAUAGAGUGUGUUCCGAAAAGAUUUACCUUUCUCAAUUUUCCUUUUGACAAUGUAUGAGUAUUGUACAAAUAAUAGGUGAAAGAUAUGAUAAAAAUGCAGUACAUCAAUGUUGGAACCAACUUCCAUUAAAAGAUCAAUGAAAACUUAAUUAGAAUGCGUAAUCUUUCGUUUCCAA